AUGUUAUCAUGUCUCUCCCGACCACGUUUAGGGUGCGUGACUACCUCAAUUGUACGGAGACAUACUAAACGUUCAUUCUCAACGAAGAGCUUGUCCUCAAAUUCGAGGAUUUACAUUGCGACUGCCGGUUUGAUCAGUGUCCCCAGUCUGUGGUGGUUGACCGCUACAAGGGAUGAUGUGCCCCGCCUUGAGGGUCCACCCGCAGAGCAAUUGGUCCCUGAACCGGGUCUCUCCAAAGAGGAUAUCACCCAGAUAUUAUCGAAAGAAGCAUAUUCCUUUCAGGUCAGAAAUAUCACAGGCGUCGACAGAUACGAUGGUAGCCAAUUGGCAUCCAAUAGCCCGUGCGAAGACCGGUUUAUCCAUGGCAAACUUUCCUCACCGUGGAAUGAGGCUGAUCAAUGGAUGUCCUGGGCUGUUUUUGAUGGACAUUCAGGCUGGCAGACAGCAGAUCUGUUGACGAAGCAACUCCUGCCUUUCGUGCAGCGCAGAUUGACCGAAGCCAAACCACCUUCAAACGAACCGGUGCCAAAUGAGUCGGUCCGGCGCGCUAUCAUGAACGGAUUCGUGGACCUUGACGACUCCAUCAUCAAGACCGCACAGGACACAUCUAACAGUAAAAAGUCCUUUCAGGACAAGGUUAAGAAGCUGGCUCCUGCUUUUGCUGGUUCAUGCGCUUUGUUAGCUCUGUACGAUCCUUUCACAAGCACACUGCACGUUGCCUGUACUGGAGACUCAAGAGCGGUCUUGGGACAAAAAGGGCCAGACGGCAAGUGGGAAGUGAUUCCCUUGUCAGUAGACCAAACUGGCAGCAACGAAGAAGAGGUCGCCCGCAUUUCCGAGGAACACCCUGGCGAGGAAAACAUAGCCAAAGGUGGACGGGUGCUUGGACUCAUGGUUUCACGAGCAUUUGGUGAUAGUCUGUGGAAAUGGCCUCUCGAUUUCCAGAAGGAAAUGAAGCAGAAAUUCAAUGGUCCUGCACCCCUAACGCCACGGUACGAUGUCCGCACACCCCCAUACUUGACUGCCGAGCCGGUCGUGACAAGCACCAAGAUCGACCCUAACAAACCCUCGUUCUUGAUCCUGGGAACGGAUGGGCUGUGGGACUAUCUGUCCAAUAAGCAGGGUGUCGACCUGGUAGGGAACUGGUUGGAACAACAAGGGAAUGGGGAGAAGAAGAGCGAAUCAGAGCCAGCAGAUCGCCAAUUUGACUUUGGCAGAUUCUGGAAAGAUGUUAACUGGAAGUUUGUGGAGGAGAGGACAACGAUCCAAGAUGAUAAUGCUGCAGUACAUCUGAUGCGUAACUCGCUUGGUGGAAAUUACCACGAGUUGAUAGCAGGCCGGCUUGCGUUUGGCCCUCCUUUCUCUCGACGGGUACGGGAUGAUAUCACUGUGCAGGUCGUUUUCUUUAAUGUGGAAAAGUAA